CCCUCCAGUCCAAAAAUGCAGCUCCUCUACUUUGGGUUUUUCUCAGUAGCAUACAUCCUGACUGUAACAGGCAAUGUACUCAUUGCCUGUGCUGUGCUGUUGGACAGGCGCCUUCACACCCCCAUGUACAUCCUCUUGGGUAAUUUCUCUCUCCUGGAAAUAUGUUAUGUCAGCACAACCGUUCCAAACAUGUUGGCCAAUCUCCUGUCCACAAGCAAGUCCAUCUCCUUUCUAAGUUGUUUCGCACAGUUCUAUUUCUUCUUCUCUUUUGGAUAUGAUGAGUGCUUCUUCCUUUGCACUAUGGCCUUUGACAGGUACUUGGCCAUCUGCCGACCUCUGCAUUACCCACGCAUCAUGACUAAACAGCUCUACACUGGUCUUGUCAUCUCUGGAUGGUCAUUUGGAUUCUUCCUCUAUAUAGCCCCAGUUUUACGCAUUUCAAGGCUGCCAUACUGUGGUCCAAAUAUCAUCGACCACUUUGUGUGUGAUCCAGUCCCUUUGAUGAUGCUGUCCUGUUCUGAAGACCCUGCCACUCAGCUCCUUUACUCAACUUUAAACAUUAUUUUCAUCAAUGGAACCUUCCUCUUUGUUCUUUGUUCCUACGCUCUGGUGAUCCUAGCUGUGCUAAAGAUGCCUUCAACAGCAAGUAAGCACAAGGCUUUCUCCACUUGUGCUUCUCAUUUGACAGUUGUAAUGCUGUUUUAUGGUCCUGUUAUUAUGAUGUAUGUUAGUCCUGGGUCAGGACAUCCAGAGAAAAUGCAAAAACUAAUUACCUUGUUUUAUUCUGUGGUAACACCCCUCUUCAAUCCUCUGAUAUAUAGCCUCAGAAACAAGGAGAUGAAAGCUGCCCUGAGGAAAAUCUUCAUUGCUGAACAAAGUGUUCAUAAGAUAUAA